AUGCUGCGCCUCUCUCUUGCUGUUAAUGAUCAGAUACGGCCACAAAUCGCGUCCCACGCUGAUCAUGCUUUCUUGUUGAUCCCUGAGGGAUUAUUGGUCAAUUGCCCGUUAUGGCUUUGCGCCGACCCCACCAGAAAUCCCGGCAUGGCUUGUGAUGAGGCUCGACCAUUAUGUUCCAAUUGCGAAAACCGAAAGGAGACCUGCGACUAUGACACCGAUUCAUCUCUCAUCUGGGCCACCGAGCGGAAGCUGCGCCGAAGAGGUCAAAGACAGACGGAAUCCCUAGAGCCCGGUCUGCCAGACCGGUACGAUACAACCACUGCUCCGUUUGAUAUACUGAACCGAUUUGGUGUUGAUAAUGACCCCACCGUUGCCUCCACUGCGUUGAACAUGAACCAACUCGAGCUCAUCGUCCAAUGGAACAAAGACACUCACCGGUUCUUUACCCGCAACGAAGAAACAAAACAUAUAUGGAGAGACCUGAUAGUCGAGGAAGCCUUUCAUACCCCAUUCCUGAUGCAUGGUGUCCUGGCGGUGUCCGCGCUGCAGUUCUCCCUAUCUAGACCUGAGCAACAGAAGGCCUUCUGGCUUGGCAUAGCCGCGGCGCAUAAGGGCCAAGCACUUCAACCCUUCCUCGCCAGCUUUUCUGAUAUCAAUGCAUCUAACGCUAAGGCGAUGUUAGGCUUUGCUAGCUUGGUAGUUGCCUUUGCGUUUGGAUCUGCACUCACGGGACGUUCCGAUCCCGAGAAACCCAGUCUAAGCGCACUCAACGAUGUCUUUGUUCUAUGCCGGGGUGUCCAGGAAAUUACAAGCACUGCUUCGGCUUUCUUGCGAGAAAGUACCUUUGCUCCCCUCUUCGAUAUCUCUCGCCCUGUCGUCAACAUUCCCCAUGCCACAACCGAGGCGCUCAACCAUCUUGCAAACAUGAACUCAGCGUCGUGGCUCGGCGAACAUCAUGACACCGCGACAUAUGCACGCGUGAUCCAGGCGCUGAAAGAUCUCUUGCCGUACGCAUAUCUUGAACCCACCUCUAUGACUUUAGCGGUAGGAUGGGCUAUCAGAUCCUUACCUGCAUAUCUCGAAAAUGUGCAGAAAUGGGAACCCUUUGCUCUGGUAGUUCAUGCUCACUACUGCGCCUUCCUUCACAUGGCACGUGAAAACUGCUUUAUUCAAUCUUGGGGCAGUGCUGUUCUCCGGGAUAUUUGGCAUAUAUUAGACUCGAACUGGAAAGAGCAUAUAAGCUGGCCUGUCAACCAAGUAUUUGGCCCAGGGGAUGUACUAUGA